AUGCGCCUGUAUGCCCCGGUCGCCAUCGUCUUUGCUUUCUACAGCGUUGCCCUCAGCGCCAUGCAGGUGGUGUUGGCGGCUGAGUCCGUCCCUCAUGCACAGCCUUGGGAGGCGUUCACCGUGGCCUGUCGGGGGUUUUCGGUGUUCACUCUGGUUUCCGCUGUGGCUGUCUGUCUUGGGCUGCUGGGAUUGUUUGUUGGGCUGCUACUUCGCGAACUUGUAUUCGCCCUAAAUGACAUGCGCGCCAAGCGUGGUGAACGGAGAGGGGCCAGGCGCAUCCCCGAGAUUGCAUGA